CAACAGCAGCAAAAGCAGCAAAAGCAGCUGGAGCAAUCCCCCCCCCUCCUCUUCCCCUUCAACAUACGACGGUAUAGAUUCAGGCUGAAGUUAGGUCGAAGAGACUGUUGUUUCUCAACUAUUGUUGCUGCCGCUGAUGAGCUAGAAGCGUUACUCUAGUAGUAGAGUAGAAUAUGAAGGCUUGAACACCAUCCGGCUCGUUCCCGCUCGCCAUUGUGGGUUUGAAGGAUAGGAAGGUAUAGCGAACAUUGUCAACAGGACAGCGCGAAUAGCUUCACUAUGAAACCUUUCAACGUUGUUCUCUCGUGCGUUCUCAUCGCGCUUCUCCUCCCUCCUCGCUAUGUCGAAGCCUCUCAGAGUCGGAAACUCCUAACCGCCAGCAAAAACUCCGACUACACGGACCUAUUCGAUUACCUCGACACCCAGAAAGGGCAGAACGUUGUUCCAUCGAACGCGGCCGAGCCCAGCGACCUCCCGAAUGCGGCGGCGCAGCAGGCGCUGCUCGCGAUAAAGGCGGCGUGGGGUGGCGAUUUUUUCGGCGCGGACACAUGGGUCGACAGCAACAGCGACACUCCAGGCGCGCCGGGCGACGGUAGUUCAGAAGGUGCUCCAGCGCCGUCGUCGCAGGCUAGCCCAUCCGAAGCUAGCCCGUCCGAAGCUAGCCCGUCCGAAGCUAGUCCAUCCGAGGCUAGUCCAUCCGAGGCAAGUCCAUCCGAAGCUAGUCCGUCCAAGCCUAGCCCAUCCCAGCCUAGUCCAACGCAGCCCGCAGCCGCGACCGCGAACGGCAUGGGUGUAGGCGAGUUGGGGAUGGGGUUUGGCAACAUGGGCCUGGGAAGCGGAGGGCUGGGACCUGGCGACUUAUGGCGCGGCGUUGGUAUUGACCUUAACGGGGAUGUGGUGUCGCUGGAGCUGCCAGAGAGCGGUGUGAGCGGGCCGUUUCCGUUGGAGCUGUCGCAGCUGACGUCACUCACGGCUCUCGAUCUCGGUGGGAAUAAUCUAAGCGGAGUGAUACCAGCGGGAGUGUUCGCCAGUCUUCCCCUGCUGAGCGAGAUUCUUCUUAACGGGAACAGCUUGGAGGGGGGGUUCCCCUGGAACGAAGUUUUUACGCAGGCAAACUCCCCUCUGAUGUUUCUGCGACUCGACGAUAAUAACUUCGUCGGGGAAUUACGGGACAACGUUUUCGAGAACGCCACGCAACUACACUCGCUCACCCUCUGCGGAAACAAAUUCACCGGGCCAAUUCCGUCAAGCCUGGGCAGUGCUUCAGAAAUUUCGAUCGUCGAUCUCUCUACCAAUUGGUUCACGGGAUCAGUGCCUCCAAGCCUGGCGGACAAACCUGCUCUCGAGGUUCUCACGCUUAGCCACAACCGGCUCUCGGGGGAAAUUCCUGCUUUUCUUGGCAAGCUGCCCGCUAUCGUCAACCUCGACCUGAGCCACAACUGGUUCAUUGGUCGCGUGCCGGCGUCAUUUUCUUCGUUCGGGCAGUCGCUGCGGGCACUGACGCUGUCGUACAACGCGUUAACAGGGCCGUUGCCGCGGUUCACAGGGCUCGGGAAGGAGUGCGAAGAUCCCCAGGUGGACAGCGUUUCGUGUUACCGCUUCGAGGUGCUCAUCGAUUUGAGCGCGAACUACUUCGAAGGGAGAGCCGACAUGGUCAUGCAGAUGCCCGGUUCGGAAAGUUUUCCCAAACCCACUUGGGUCUGCCCGAGCAAGGAUUACACGGAGCAGAUUUCAGUUUCGGGUAACUGUCUGGUUUCUUCGCCAGGGUGCGAAGCGGUGGACCAGCGGAAGGAUGAGACUUGCGCGAAGUUCUGCGGGACAGGGAGCAAAGAGGGGCAGUGCGGAGGCGCAGGUGUUUGCAUAUACGACCCAGCGACUGUCGGACCGAAUGCGGUGAUCACGUGUUUGUGUAACAAAGGGUACCAGGUGGAUCCAACAAAUCCACGGAAUUGUGUUAAAAAGGGCCAGUCUGGGUGACUUACCCACCACAAUCCCACAACCGGACCAUUUCUUACACCCUCUUGGGGUCCCUCCCUGCCUCAUCAUCUGCUGCUGCUUGGUGCCUGCUGAGAGGACAUCCAAGCAUUGUACAUUGAGGGAUAAGGUGCCUUGGUCCCUUCAAUUCAUGCAUUUGGCGGUAUGAUUGUGGAGGCGUAGUGUGUGCUAGAGCCUUGCAUUGCACCAGGCCUUAGCUCCUCAGCACACGCUUUGCUCUAAUCCUGUGGAGAAUGUGGACUGUUCUGGUAAUACAGUUAGAGCAUCCUUUAUUGUUCUCAGUUGGGGGUAGCUGGCUGCUUUGUUGCAUUUUCUCAAACAUGGAUGGCUGGCAGGCCCUCCAAUACCAUGUCAGCGUAACAAGGCCAUUUCAUCUUGGGUCUUUUCGUACCAGGACUGUAUCAUCAAAUCAGCCCCUUUUUACAAUCCUGCUC